AUGGAGACAGUGACGGACCAUAAUACUCCCUGUUCAUUUCGUCCAACUAUUAAUAGACGAAGUCGCCGCUUAACAAGUGGACUUCUCUCGGUACAAGAGCGACAGCAAUUUGAUCUCGCCCGACGUGAAAUACGGCAUAAAGAACUUGUGGCUAAAGUAGAGGCGGAACGUCAAUUAACAGAAACAUUUAAACCCACAACAAAUAAAUACGGGAAAUGUCAAAGCCGUCUUUCUUAUUCUCAUGAGAGUCAAGGACCACAGUCACAGUCUGCACUUAUUCGGAAAACAAGUUUAGAUAAUCCAGAGGAGACUUUUCAUCCUGUUAUUAAUAUAAAGAGUGAACGUUUAGCGGCAAAUGGAUCGUUGCAAAACAAUCAAAAACACUCACAAGAAGUUCGUCAACGUGUACAGGGUCUAUGGCGUUCUUAUGCGGAUGUUGGUAGUGGAGAAAUCACUCUUAAUGGAGUUUAUAGUGUAUUGAAGGAGUUGGGUUUGACUGCCCCAUCGGCUAUGGUGGAUAAAUUUUUAUUGGCACUUGGUAUAAAUGAAGCUUUAGGUAUUCGCUGUGUACCGUAUGAUCGUUUUAUGAAGGUUUUUACAGUAGUGCUGCGGGCCGCAUUAGUGACUCCUCCUUCUGGGGAAAGCAAUCAUAAUAAUAAUAAUAAUAAUAAUAAUAAUAAUAAUAAUAAUAAUAAUAGAGGGAAACACUCGGAGUCUAUUCACAGUGAUGGUGAAUAUCUACAAAGACAGAGUUCCAUAGUCUCACGUGAUUCUGUGCCUACGAUGCGUCGAUCGCACUCUACCCGUUCAUCCACACAGGAGAGAACACCUAAAAAGAAUAACCGCACAAUACCCAAAAAGUCUACAUUUGGAUCACAACAACAAUCUGUGGGUUUUCAAGACGCUGCUGAUAUGGUUUUCUCUCACGACAAACAACAAGUUAGUCAUCAUCAUAAUGAUAAUGAUGAUAAUAAUAACAGUAAUAAUAGUGGGAAUAAUAGUAAUGAUAACGACAGUAAUUCUCCAUUACCGGCAGCACCACAGGAAACGAUGGGAUUAAAGGAGAAUAGGAAUCAUAAUAGGAAAAUGUCUGAACGAUCACAAGGACUGAGUUCCAGUAUGCAUCAGCAAGAAUCUGAGAAACCAUCAAGGAAAACAAUAUAUAAUCCACUUCAUGGAUGUACGUUUGCCCCAGUUAUAAAUAAAAAUUAUCGACCACGUUCCUCAUCUAAACAAUCUAAUAAUAAAGGUGAAGGAGAACCAACUCCACGCAAAACUUCCACUGUGGUGUAUAAAACUAGAGAAGAAAAGGAAAUGGAAGAGUGUACAUUUGCUCCUAAUACGGCUCGUUAUCACAAGAAUCGUGAUUCUUUAGCCUGGUGGACACGAGAACCAUUUACAAUGGAAACCAAUACUGAAGUUUCCGCGGAUUGUGUUUCUUCCAAAAACCAAAUAGAUAUUCCAGAGACUAUAUCCUAUCAUCAUCAACAUUAUGAAAAGACAUUACAGAAACCAAAAAUAAUGAAAGAAAAAGAAGAAAAAGAAAAAGAAGGAAGAUUAGUGCCUUCGAGUAGUGCCCGUCCAGCACCAAUUGCUAUGGGAUUUGAUAAGGCUGUUAAACGCAUGAUAGAAGCCCGAAAAAAGAAUCGACCCAAAUUUGAGGAAAUGUUAAGAUCUUCUGAAGAUGAACCGCAGAAGCCGUUAAAGCCUACAAUUGUGGAGCCAUUUACAUUGCAUGCCCAAGGACGGCAUUUAGAACGAGAACAACAGAAACCAGUGUUAUAUGUAGAUGUAGAUUUACCAAGUGGAAAAACAGGUCGUAUUGGUGUUCAUAGAGGUGAUAAAGCAGAAGAUUUGGCUAGAGGGUUUAGUCAGGCAUAUCAACUGGGGGAUGAGUUACGUGAACGAUUAGAGUGUGUAUUGAAAGUAAAACUGAAUGAACUCUUACGAGAGAAUGUACAAACUCUAUGGCUUUGA